AUGUCUGCUGGCAUACCUAAAAAACAAUGUCAGAUUCAGGGCUGUGCUCGAUCAGUGGCCACACUCUGUUACUGUUGUCAAAAGAAUGUUUGCAGUAAGCACUUUAAUGACCACAUUGAAGCGAUUAAAGCUCAACUACAUCCACUGGUCGAUCAGAUAAAUGAAGUGGUUGAGAAAAUUCAAAACUUAAAAAUCGAACAACUGGCGAAUAAAGCCUAUGAAGAUUUAGAUCAAUGGCGUGCGGACAUUCACAAGCUGAUCGAUGAUAUUUACUCAAUAAAACGUAAAGAGAUUGAACAAAUUGUUGAAACAAAUGAAGCUUCAUUCGUGAAGCACAAAAGUGAACAAAUGGACGAGAUAGAAAAAAUUAAACUGGAUGUUGAACAAUUGAUUAGUGAGGACGAUGCGACAGUUGAUCAAAUCGAGGUAUUAAAAUCUGCACUGCAGACAACUGAAACAAACUUGGCAACGGUUCAAAAACAAUUUAUUGCUGUCAAUAUCAGAGUUCUGGAUCCAGAUUUGGUACGAAUAAAAUGUGAUUUAAACACUAAUAUGAUAAAUUUGAACACAAAUCAAGAACAACAACAAGAAAGUAAGUUGAGAAGGACUUUUUACGUAGGAAAACAGCUUGAUUUUAAUUAUUAUGAAUGA